AUGAGUUCAAGAUUUAAAUUUACAACUGGUACAAGUAGUAUUGUCGGUUCAGAUCCAAAGACAUUGGGAAAGAUACUGUUACGACGAUCGAAAUUCGAAAAUCAAACAGUUUUUAAUGAAAUCGAUCAUUUAAGAACAUAUAUAUAUACACAUUGGUUUAAUCAAACAAUAAGCAUAAUAAUUGCAUUUAAAAAUAAUAAUAAUAAUAAUAACAAUAGUAAUGAAAGUAAACAAUCAUCAUCGAAUAAGAAUACAUUAUCAUCACAAUCAUCAGUUAAACUACAAAUAGAAUCUGAACUCUCAAGUAUAUUUGGUGAGAGAAUCUCAACAUCUACACCAUUCAAUUCUUUCUAUUGCAUAGAUGUCACACUAGAUCUUUUAAUUUCACAAUCAUUUUUAAAUACAUAUAUUAAACCAGGUGGAUUCUAUGCAUUAUCACAACUUAAUAGAUUAGAUGAUGGUAAUGUAGUUGCAUUCCUACCGGAUUCAAAGAUUAUAUUGAAUGUAGAUAAAGAGACGUAUCAACAACUCGGUCUAAGUGGUAGAGCAUCGAAACUCACAUCAGACUCUAGAUAUAUCAUUGUAUUGGAUUGUAAAUCUAAAGAUUUCCUACCAGAGAGUGCAACAUAUAAACGUAUUCAAUGGUGUUUUAAAGAUCGUUUAUCAACUGUUAGAUUAAUAUCAUUUGCAUUAAAUAAUGAUGGUAAAUUAAAGGAAAUUCAAUUCCCUGAAGGUACAGCCAAUAUAAAGGUUCUACCGAAUAGCCGUCGUCAAUCGGUAGAUAAAUAUAGAGUGCCUGUGUUACACAACUCUGCUGCUGCUGUAGCUUUCGAGCAGUUGGAUAAGCUUAGUCAGUGUGAUUUCAUCAAUGGUUGGAAUGAGUAUAUCGGUAUGAUUCUAUGUGGUGUACAGGCGGACGAGAAAGCAGAGGUUGGUUCGGUUGCACCCGAUGGUAAUGACAGCUAUCGUGUCGGUGAGUGUUUCGUUGGCUCGGUCAGUGGCAUGGUUCAUGGAUUCGCAGAUUCACCCGUAAGUUGGAACCAAAACGAACACGGCUACGAAGUAAAUGGUGACAACGACUAUUCGAUCAUCUUGAACAACAACAACGAAUACUGGACACUUUCAACAAUAAACUCUGCCGACACCUAUAGUUAA